CGCCUGCUUGGACGAAGGGAAGAGAACAGCAGCCAAAGAGCGCAGCCGGAAAAAACGGGAGAGCACCUUGCAGAUAACAAGGCCCAGCCAUGCAGUCCUUUCGCGAAAGGUGUGGUUUCCAUGGUAACCAGCAGAACUACCAGCCGACUCCUUCGCAAGAUUCAUCACGCCUGGAGAAUUACAGGCAUCAAAGCCCAGCCUGCGAACGUCAGAGGCUGGUGACAAAAGAGUAUUACAGCCCCCAGCAGCCCCCUCCUCCGCUGCCCCCAUUGCCGUACCAAGGCUUUGGUGAAAACAGCGCCGUGGAGAAGUACCACCGGGGAAGCAAUAAGCCGUUACGUGGCCAGCAGCUGCCCAGCCGGCCAGCGUCCUUCCCCAAUUACCCCAUCCAAGAGAACAGCCCCUACCCUGCCCGCUACGCCGGUGACGAGAGCCUGCAGGGGUGGGGGUCCCCGCAGCAGCAGCCUCCACAGCCUUUACCUGGAGGGGUGGCAAAGUAUGAGGACACCCUAAUGAAGAAGACAGCGACCCCUUCCAGUAGCAGGCAGUACCAUGAGCCAACCCCGCAGCUCCCCUUCCGAACGCACUCCUUGCACCUCCCACAGCAGCCGCCACCACCGCAGCCCUCUCCCCUGACGUACCCCAAGCUGCCAAGGCAGAAGAUGCAGAACGAUGUGCCGCCCUCUCUGUCCUUCUCACAGGGUUCCCACUUUCCCCAGCAUUCCCAGUCGUUCCCAGCUUCCUCGACAUACACAUCGGUCCAGAGCGGGAGCCAGGCAGCUCAUUCCUACAAAAGUUGCAAUGCUCCCUCUGCCCCGCCGACGCAUGAACGGGCUCUGGGCAGUGCCGCUAACUUGCCCUCCGCACAACGGGUCCAGGGCUUGCACAGCUAUCAGCCGAACCGAAUCGGCUACGACCAGCAGCAGCAGCCGCCGCCACCCCCGCAGCAGCAACAAUCCUCAUCUCUGCAAAGUAGACACCAUGCUCAGGAGGCCCUGCACUAUCAAAACCUAGCAAAAUACCAACAUUAUAACCAGCCAGGACAGAGUUACUGCCAAGCAGACGCUCCGGUGAGGACCCCGGACCAAUAUUACCAAACUUUUAGCCCCAGCUCAAGUCAUUCUCCAGCGCGUUCAGUUGGUAGAUCCCCAUCCUAUAGUUCGACCCCUUCUCCGUUGAUGCCUAACUUAGAGAACUUCCAAUACAGCCAGCAGUCACUGACCACAGGGGCAUUCCCAGCCAGCCUUGCUGAUCAUAGCCACUUCAUGCCUUUGUUGAACCCUUCGCCAACGGAUGGGGCAAGCUCAGACCCCCAGCCACCUGCAAACUGCAAGAACCUGUCGAAGGAGAAAAUUCCCGAGAACCUCUUGUCGGAUCUGAGUCUUCAAAGCCUCACGGCCCUUACCUCUCAAGUCGAAAACAUUUCCAACACUGUCCAGCAGCUGCUCCUUUCCAAGUCCACAGGGAUGCCACAGAAGAAAGGAAUCAAAAAUUCACCGAGGACUCCAGAGCAGCUCAAAGGACAGCACUGUAGCCCUGAGGGUAACAGCUAUUCUGCAGAGCAAGCAGGGACGCCACACUCAGACUCCCUCAGCACCCCUCAGUCAGUCCAUGCUGAAACCCAAGAUGCCGAUUACCUGAGUGGCUCUGAAGACCAGCUGGAGAGGGGCUUCCUGUACUGUAGUCAAAGCCGUAGCCCGGCCCGCGUCAACAGCAAUUCCAAAGCCAAGCCCGAGUCCGUCUCCACCUGCUCAGUGACUUCUCCGGACGACAUGUCGACCAAGUCAGACGAUUCCUUCCAAAGCAUUCAUACCAGCCUGCCCUUAGAGAGCUUUACAAAGUUUGUGGCUGGCGAGAGAGACUGCCCCCGAUUGCUCCUCAGUGCCCUUUCUCAAGAGGAGCUGGCAUCCGAAAUUAUUGGUUUGCAAGAUGCUAUCAGUGAGAAAGCAGACAAAGGCUGGGCCAAUUCGCCCGCGCCAAACAAAGACCCAGACAAAUCCCCCUUCCACCUAGAAAAUCACAGGACUUGCCUUGAUUCUGUGGUCAAAAGCCCCUGGUCCAACCAGGGGGACGCCAACGCUCUUGCUGAACCCUUGAAGCUAGACAAAGGACUGGGGCACAAUAAUGGGAAGAAUUUCCCCGAGGAGGUUUAUGACAACUCCCAGGUUCCCUUCACAGCAACGGAGACAAAGAAUUCCCUAAAAACAACCAGCUCGGUGGGCUAUAACGCCAAGCCAAACAUCUCAGUGGCCACUUCUGGUUCUGAGACCACGGGCAGUUUCAGCUGCUAUUCCAAUGCCGCUGCCAAUUCGGUGAGCUCUGAAAAUGCCAUGGAGAACUUCGACUGGCCGGAUGAGAACCUCAGCGACACCUGGAAAGAGCUUGGGUCAAGCCUUCAGUCAUCAGAUCUUCCCAAGAGCCUGUUCUCUGGCAGACUGAGUGAAACAUCUGAGGAGAAAAAAAAGGCCUCCUGCUUGAGCCUCUGUGAUCCCGCAGGGUCAUCUGAAGCAGAGGAAAUGGAAGGCUUCAGUCAACAACAGCAGGCCCCAAAAGGGGAGGGUUUAAAUUAUGAUGAAGCUACAAGGAGGGAGAGUGAACGAUGGCUGGAGGACACCACCAGGAACCCCUGUUCAGGAGAAGACUUCAGUGAACUCCCAAUGAUGUCUUCUCCAGACCUGAAAGAAUCUGAUCUGGAGCCUGAGGAAUAUUCCUCCUUGUGUGAACUAGCUGGUUCUGAGCAAAAGACUCUGACUUACGAUGCAUUCACACCUAAGCCUGCAGAGAAUGCUCCAGCUCUUUCUCUCCAAGAUACUCCAGGAUCUGCAGAAGAAACCACCAACACAGUUGAGAAAGAGAACACUGCUCCUCCUUCUCAUUUGUCUGAUCCAUCUGUUAUCCUUUUAGGACCAGCAGUUGGCCCAGAUACCAAAGUGAAAAGCUGGUUUGAAACUUCUCUGCAUCACUUGAAGUCCAAGGAGGAGACAGCAGCUGGUAAAAACGGCCCUCCAGAUAAGACAGAGACAUCCACUACCUUGCUGUUGAAGAAACAAGUCCUACCAGAGAAGUUGACAAUAAUAUCAGAACCCACCUCCAGAGGCAAAAGUCUUCGGAGUAAAAAGCUCCAGUGCAGGCUGUCAGAUGGAGAAGAAUCUAUUCAAUCCAUGUCAAAUCUAUGCACAGGCCUUCAAGCAGCUGGCCUGGUGGCCAAUACAUGCCCGGCUUCCAACAAUCUGAUUGAAAUGCCAAAUAAGAACACCCACGGCCAGACUCCCAGAUUUCCCACUGAGGUUUUGCCAGCUAGGAUGUGCACCCGUUCCUUUACCGCAAUGACAGAACCAAGAAUGCCAGACCCUCUGGAAGGUGCCAAAGCUUCAACUCCUCAUGAGAAGUUGGGCAAGAAGUCCAUGUGUGUUUUGAAAGAGAGAGCUGCCUUCAAAGCUAGGAAGGCCAAUGGGAAGGAGUCACCCAAGCCCCCUAAUCCAUCUCCUCCCCUGAUCUCCAACUUGGCACAGAAUGAAGAUUCUGCUGUUCCAAAGGCCAAAGAAGCCGAUGCUGUAGAAACCGAGAUGAAAGAUCAACAAUCGAUGAUUCUUCGUUCCAGGACCCGGACUCAGGAGGUCUUCUAUACCAAGCGAAGGAGAGAGAAAAACGUGGUGGAAGUGGAAUUCAAAAAUGCCAAACUGCCCAAGAAGGUGUUCCCAAACAACCACUUGCCGGGGUCUUUCAAAAUCAGCCCCCCAAAUCAGUCUGAGAAGGAGAGCAAGCUGGGCAAACGAAUGAAGCUCCCGAAAGCCAGGCCAGAUAUGGGCAGCAAGAUAUCUGAGAGGCCGCUCCACACCCUGAAAAGAAAGUCUGUUUUCACGCCCCCAAUUCCGGCCAAGAAACGGAACCUGAUCCUACGAAGCAACAAUCACAGCAGCAACAAUGGGAAGGAAGAGAAGCCAGAUGUAUCUUCUGGCCUGUUUAAGAGGAUGCCGUCCUCCCGGAGGACCGCAGUGAAACCGUCUCCCAAGAACGCCUGUGAAGCGAUGCUCAAGUCCCCUCAGGCGAAGGAAAACCCUGGUGUCUGCAUAAAAAUCACCUCCCGGGCUUCCUUCCAGGGAGCUAUGAAAACCAAAGUGCUCCCCCCCAGGAAAGGAAGGGGCUUGAAGCUGGAAGCUAUUGUGCAGAAGAUCACCUCUCCCAACCUGAAGAAGUUUGCCUGCAAAACGGUAGCCACCGCCGUCUCUGCCAUGGUCCCCACGGCGGCCGCCCACAGUAAUCCCCUUGGCUCUUCCCUGCCAGAGAGGGAACAGGCCUCCAAGAAUACCAGCGGAACCCCAGCCGUGGGGGAAGCUAGGCCAUUAAACCAGGCUUUGUCACAAAAGGCUCCCGCCGCUCCAGCAGCCGAGCAAUUAUGCAGAAACCCGAACAACAGAUCCUUCAGAGGAAAACUAAUGAACAGCAAGAAACUGUCCUCCAACUGCUUCAAGGGUGAGGCCUAUUCAUCUCCGGAGACGUUGCAGCACAGCGGCGGCGUCAUGGCUGCAAGCGGCAUCGGCCUGCUGCCCAAGAAGCGGAACAGACAGGGGAAAGCGGCAGCCUUCCACGUGGCCAAAAAUAGCUUGGAGAAGCGCCCUCACCUGAGCCCAGCUUUGUUUCUUGCCUCCCGAGAGAAAUCGGUGGUGGCGGCGGCGGUGGCUGGGAAAGGCGAAGAGGGACAAAGGGAGGGGAAGACGCCAAAAGGCGAAGACAAAGGCCCAGGGAACACUGAGAGCGCAGAGGGGCGGUCCCCCCAGGCCCAGACCCGGGCCCAGAGGCAGCGUUCCAACCAUUCCAGCUACAACGGCUACACCAAGAGGCAAAGGAAGAAGCACCGCAAGCACCGGAAGGCCCCGAGCGUGCCCUCACGGUGCAAGAGCAAGGCCAGGCGGCGGCACCAGCAGCAGGCACCCUUGCUGAGCCCCGCCGAGCCUGAGAUCCGGCUCAAGUAUGUCUCCUGUAAGCGGCUGAGGGCAGACAGCCGAGCACCGCCGUUCUCGCCGUACGUCCGGAUGGAAAAGUGGGACGAGUUCGUCUCCACCUGCACAGUCGUCAACUUCCCAGCCGAAGAGGCUAAACUACACAAUGAGCAGCAGCAGCAGCAGCACUCUUCCUCGUCGUUUUCUUCUUCUUCGUUGGUCCAAACCGGGCUGUGGGGGGCUGCCUGCCUGCGGCCUCCGGCGAUCCUACCUCUGUCGUCCAUGAUGCACCUUGGGCCGGUGGUCUCCAAGGCCCUCAAUGCCGCCUGCUUGGUCUGCUGCUUGUGCCGUCACCCGGCCAAUUACAAGGACCAGGGGGACCUCUGCGGGCCGUACUACCCCGAGGACUGCCUGCCAAAAAAGAAAUCGAGGCUGAAAGAGAAGGUCAAGGUGGAGGGGCCGGGGGAAGAGCCCCCCUCGUCUUCUCUGGCAGAUAGGCUGCUCAAAGCAACAGAUAACAAUUGCGCCGCUGGUACACCCGGUGGAAAGUCACCAAGGCUGGACAGCGGCGCUGACUCAGCGAAACAGAGUGCGCUCCGCUCAAGUUCAAGGGGGAUGUUUAGGAAACUGCAGAGCUGUUACUGUUGUGAUGAGAGGACAGAGGGAGAGGAGGCUACGGCGGGGGCGACAGUAGCCGCUGUGGAGAAGCUCCGGAGGCACGAAUGCGGCAAGGCUGAGUCGCCACUGCCAGAUCCUGCCGGAGAGACGCAGGAACACUGGGUUCACGAAGCCUGCGCUGUGUGGACAGCUGGGGUUUACCUGGUGGCAGGGAAACUCUAUGGGCUGCAGGAGGCAAUAAAGAUGGCCGCAGAUGUGAGGUGUUCCGGCUGUCAGCGAGUCGGGGCAACCGUUGGCUGCUGUCACAAGGGGUGCACCCAAAUCUUCCACUACACGUGUGCCAUCGACACAGGUUGUUCGUUAACUGAAGAAACCUUCUUGCUCAACUGUCCUAAACACAAGACGCAGCUGCUAUAAUGGACCGACGGAGAAGGGAAGCACGUGCUGCCGGAGCCUUGACCCAGGGAGGAGGGGGCUCUGCCUCUGCACGCCCCUUUGCGGCGGCUGCCACCGAGAGGAACUCUGGACGGAAGGGCAAAGGGGAGGGGGCCCUUUCCUCCCCCCACCCCCCUUCCUUUGCAAUAGUACUUCUACUGUGAAUGGUCCUGGCCUUGUCCAGCCUCGCCUCCUCUUUGCUCAGGCCUUGGCAAUUUCCUUGCAAGCUGACCCCAAAGGGCACAAGACCCCCGUCCCCAUCCCCGUCCCCUGCUGCCCGGCUCCCGGGAACCCUCCUCUCCCAUCUGGCAGGCGGACCUGGGGCGGGGCAGCAUCCCUCUUCCUUCCGACAGCCAUUCCAGGUUGGCGCAGGAACCACAGCAGAAAUCCCGUGCCCACUUUUUUCCUUGUCACUCCAUCCCUCUUCGGAAGGGUUUCCCGAGCCGGUUCAGGAGAGAAGAGGAACUCCAGUUUGGGACUGGCAUUCAUCCUCCCCACACCUCCCCUUCGCCCAGGAGCUGUGGCCAAUACUGAUCAAGCAAGCUGGCAUCGACCUGGGGCUUGGCACCUGGCAAAACCUGCCCACCGCCGUCCUUCUCAAAGAGAGUCUCCAGGACUCGUCCCCUGGCUUUGCAAUGUGCGUCGGGUGGCCAGAUUUCAUCGGAAGGCACCUGGCCAGCCCGUCCCGGGGACUAGUCUCAGUGAGGUUGCUCAAGUCUCUUCCUCUUCAGCAGAGAGGCCAGGCUUGGAUCCCGGCAGGUCGUAGCAAGGAGAAAGGCGUGCCGAAAUCCUCAACUGCCUCGUCUCUCUCUUCUCCCAAAAUGCUGGACUCCAGGAGGUCUCGAGGUCCACCCUUAUCUUUUUCUGAUCUGAUCAAGUUUUGCCUUCAGCAAACCUCAUGGUGUGUGUGUGUGUGCGUGUGCGUGUGCGUGUAUGUGUGUUUCUGUAUAUAGAUGUGAUCAGCGUGUAAAAAGAAGCGCCCCAAACUUUUUGGGAAACCAGGCCGCA